AUGACGGACGCGCUGCCGUCGUUCGCGAAUGCGGCGGAGGAGGCGCGGUAUUGGCGCGAGCAGGUCGAGCAGAUGCGCUCUGCACUGCAGGAGGCCGAGACGGGGCUCCAAGACUUUAUGGAGAGCAGCAAGGAGCUCGAGGCGGAGAUGGAGGCGGAUAUGGCCGCUGCGCACCAGCGCGCCGAUGCUCUGGCCGCCGAGAACGAGCAGCUGCGUGCAGAUGUGGACGAAUGGCGGCAAAAGCACCAGGCGUCGCUCACGGAGCACAGCACGACAAUGGCCGACCUACACAAGGAGCUCUCGAGCUUGCGCGAGACGCAUGCCAUGUAUAAGGCGAAGCUGCGCGAUAUGGAGCUCGACAAUGACGCGCUCGAGAAUGCAGAGCGGUACUCGUCGCUCAGCGAUAUGGAGCUCCGUUACAACAAGGUCAUGGAGCGCACCGCGCUCCUCGAGAUGGAGCUCGAGGCCAAGAGCCGCAUCGAGGCGGACAACCAGCGUCUCAAGGACGAGGUGCGCGAAGUGCGCGAAGAGCUCUUCGCUGUCCAGCGUCACGCCGCCAAGACUGCGGCCCCAGCGCCUGCCGUUGAUGCCCACGCCGAGGGCCCCUCGGCGCCCCUCGCCUCGGCGGACGACGAACUGACGCUCGCUGAUCUCGUGGUGCGUCGUCGCCCCGCGCCCGCACCCGCGCCGGCGCACACACUGGAGCGUCUGCGCGAACAUAUGCAGCAGCUGCAGCAGCGCCUGCAGCACGCUCAGGCCGUGCCCACGGCCGACAAACCGCAGCGACGUUGGCAGCGCAGCUCGCUGCCGCGCCCGCGCUCGAGCAUGUCGGCAAGCGGCAGUGGGGUGCCGCCAUCGCCGGCGUGGCGUGCACCGACGCCGAGCUAUGCCGCAUCGCCCCAGCGCCCGGAGACGCCCGGUGAGCUGCGCAAGUCGAAAAGCUCUCUCCCUGUGCCGGUCGGCGGCCUAUCGCGGAGUGCGUCGCGGAGCGCGCGACCCGCAUCACGUCUCGCGAGCGAGGUGCACUCCCCUGUGGGACCCACGCCGUUUGAGUUUAUGGAGUUCGAUCCGGCCGCCUCGCCCGUGGCCGCGACGCGCCAGGCUACACUGGCGCGGCGGCGGAGCUUGGGGCCCAGUGGCUUGCCCCAUCCUGGCGCACGGCCACGGCCCAGCUCCGCGCAACGUGAGCGCCCAUCGCCCACCAAGCCGCGUGCGGCCUCGCCGAUCCUAUCGCCCACGAAGCGUGCGGUGCCUGCGCGGCCAUGGCGGUAG